AUCUGGGAGAGUCUUAUCCUAGUGAUCUGAAAUAAGUUUCUCUUCCACAGAUCUCUCCUUUCCCUGGGAAGAAAAAUGGCUUCUGUUGCAGUUGACCCACAACCGAGUGUGGUGACCAGGGUGGCCAACCUACCCUUGGUGAGCUCCACUUAUGACCUCGUCUCCUCGGCUUACGUCACUACAAAGGAUCAGUAUCCUUACCUGAAGUCUGUGUGUGAGAUGGCGGAGAGGGGCGUGAAGACCAUCACGUCUGUGGCAGUGAUGAGUGCUCAGCCCAUCAUCCAGAAGCUGGAGCCACAAAUUGCUGUUGCCAAUAACUAUGCCUGUAUGGGGCUAGACAGGAUUGAGGAGAAACUGCCUAUUCUGAAUCAGCCAACAAAGCAGGUUGUUGCCAAUGCCAAAGGUGCGGUGACUGGGGCGAAAGAUGCUGUGACGACGACUGUGACUGGAGCCAAGGAUUCCGUGACCAGCACGAUCACUGGGGUGGUGGACAAGACCAAAGAAGCCGUGACAGGCAGUGUGGAGAAGACCAAGUCUGUGGUCAAUGACAGCAUUAACACAGUCAUGGGCAGUCGGAUGAUGCAGCUGGUGAGCAGUGGAGUGGAAAAUGCGCUCAGCACAUCAGAGCUGCUGGUAGACCAGUACCUCCCUCUCACUGAGGAAGAACUAGAAAAAGAAGCAAAAAAGGUGGAAGGAUUUGAGACUGUUCAGAAGCCAAGUUAUUAUAUUAGGCUGGGAUCGCUGUCGACCAAGCUCCGCUCACGUGCCUACCAGCAGGCUCUCGGCCGGGUGAAAGAAGCUAAGCAAAAAAGCCAGGAGACCAUUUCUCAGCUCCAUUCCACUGUGAACCUGAUUGAAUUUGCCAGGGAGAAUGUGCAGAGUGCCAACCAGAGAAUUCAGGAUGCUCAGGAUAAGUUCUACCUCUCCUGGGUGGAGUGGAAGAGAAGCAUCGGCUACGACGACACCGAUGAAUCCCACUGUGCUGAGCACAUUGAGUCACGCACUCUUGCUAUUGCCCGAAACCUGACUCAGCAGCUGCAGACCACGUGCUCCACCCUCCUGUCUAACGUCCAAGGGUUACCACAGAACAUUCAAGAUCAGGCCAGUCACGUGGGGGUGAUGGCUGGCGACAUCUACGCAGUGUUCCGCAAUGCUUCGUCCUUUAAAGAAGUGUCCGACGGCUUCCUCACUUCUAGCAAGGGUCAGCUGCAGAAAAUGAAGGAGUCUUUAGAUAAUGUGAUGGAUUAUCUUGUUAACAACACACCCCUCAACUGGCUGGUAGGUCCCUUUCAUCCUCAGAUAAUCGAGUCUCAGAAUGUUCAGCACCGUGUUGCAGAGAAGGACACAACCAGCCAGCAGGCCCAGCAGCCCGAGCCCAAAACACAGUGAUCCUGUCCCUGUCACCAGUGCAUGGUGCAGCCAGCCAGAUGACAUCUUCUGUUAUGUUGCAAUUAACCUGCUAGACAACUGUGACUUGGGGAAACAGCGAGCUAGAAAAAAAAGGGCCCCUUCAUAGUAGUCAUUUCCUACUGGAUUAAGAUCUUUAAAGUUUCUGGCCUUAGCAGAUGAGUCAUUUUGUUUACCUGGCUGGUCAGAGCCUGGUCAGAGGUCACAAAAAGUCACACUGCAUUUAUGGUCUCAUUCUGUUGCCACUGUUGCUGCCUGUCUGUACUGAAUAAAAACACCUUCGGGUGGGUUGCCGUGCGAACUGGCGUCUGCUCCCGUUUGAUCUGCGCAGGCCUCAUCAUUGUUGUGUCUCACAAUGCAUGCUUGUACAACUUUAGUUUUGUUUUUUUUAAUUUUUCAUAAAGGAAUGCCUCCUGUGAGUUCAAUAAAAUUCACUGCACAAUA